CUAAAACGAUUAGUCAAACAAUCCGACUCGGAAUAUUCUCUCAUCUUCAACAACUUCUCUUACACUCAACUACUGCAACAUCUUCUUCCACUUUCUCUCCUCUAUCCUUUUUCUCUUCUCAAAGUUAUCAUCAAAUAAAAAAUUCCUUACUUUUUACUUACAUCAAUCAUCUUCUCUCUUUACCUUUUUUAUUUUAUUUUAUUUCAAAGGGGUUUUUCAUUUCUUCUUUAUUUUUUCUCUUCUACUCCUACAUUUUCAAUCUUGUUUCCGUUCUGUAAUCCUACAUUUUCAAUCUUCUUUUCCCUUUGUAAUGGAGGAUUUCGUUACUCCCUUGAAGAGUGAUCAGAUGAUGUUGAAACCUGUUUGUUCAUUCAAUGAAGAAGAAGAAGAAGAGGAAAAGGAAGAUUGUAGCAUUUGUUUCGAACCCUUUACCUCGGAUGAUCCUUCUGCUGUGACCAGUUGCAAACAUGAGUAUCAUCUUCAAUGCAUUCUCGAAUGGUCCCAGAGAAGCAAGGAGUGUCCAAUAUGCUGGCGGUUGCUUGUGUUGAAGGACUCUUCAAGCCAAGAGCUCCUUGCAGCAGUGGGGAUUGAAAGGGCAUCUAGAUCAAGGCGUGGAUCUUCCAAUACACCCAUAGUUCGUCAAAACUCCUUCGAGGAUAUAGAAUCUGAUCAUGUCGGAUCAUAUGCAGUUGACUCGGAAUUUGAUGACAAUAUUAUGCAGCAUCUAGCGGCUUCUGCAAUGGGCAGGACUCAUCAUUUUAGGAGGAGGCAGAACCGUCGAUCUGAUGUCGACCGAGACAUAUAUCUUGGCUUUGCUUCUCCUUCAAAUGGAUCUGAGUUUGAGCAUGCAUAUACAAAUUCACCAGUUCGCAGUCAAAAUCUUGGAAAUUUGGUGUCACACGAAGCUAAUUCUGCAGCAUCCGUCAUGGCUUUUGGAAGAUCAAAUCAACCUACAUCAACUGUGCUGCUGUCUAGUCUACAUACAGCCUCUAACAUAUCAGACAACAGAUAUGAUCCUCCCAGACCAAGUAUAUUUGCUGCAGAAACACCACCAACUAGUCCACAGAGAUCACGGCCGUCAGACUUGCUCUCGCUUUCUGAAUCCUUUAAAUCUAGAUUUUCUGCUGCUUCAUCCAGAUAUAAAGAAUCAAUCUCAAAAAGCACUCGAGGUAUUAAAGAGAAGCUACUAUCACGAAACAACUCAGUUAAAGAGCUGAGCAAAGAAGUUCAACGUGAGGUCACUGCAGGUAUUUCUGGUGUAGCCCGGCUGAUGGAACGCCUCGACCCUACCUCAAAGCGAGCUGGACCUUCUGCUGGUUCUGUUACUAGUGAUACUUUGAGAACUUCGGAGUCUCUUCGUAACAGGAAGGUCAUGCAAGAUAGCCUGACUUCACAUUCUAGUAGCAGCAACAGUGCAAAGAUUGCUCAGACCACUAGCUCAAAUGCUUCUGUUUUUCGCCCUAGCAACCUUUCUUCUAACCCACGUCAUACUCAUGUACAGGAUGUUCUUUGAUGCAUCGGGGAAAAAGAUGAAGAUCCAAAAAGCUUCUGAGAAUUUGAAAAGGAAGCAUUUAAUAUGUUGUGAUAUAUAUACUUGAACCGAGUAAAUCAAUUACCCAUAUCCAAAGAACUGACGCACAUUUCUACUAGGAUUUUCAGCAAUCUUGAGUAUGGGAUUUUGAUUUACUUCGAGUUAAAUUUCGUACCAAUGCCAGGAGGAAUGAAUCUUGUUUCCAUUUUUUCCUUUUUUUUUUUUUUUUGGUAAAUUGCCCUCAUUUGCCUUAGUUAUGAACUCAACAACACAUUAUGUAUAAAUUUCAGAAACUUUUCUUUCCU